GUGACUGGAGGUGGUUGCCUUGCUGGCGGAUUAACUUGUAAGGACAAAAUACAUGGGCUGCCCGAUCUUUUUUUUAUGUGGCCUCAGACCAAGAAGUUCCCUUGACCAAUCCGGAGCUUUCACUAACUUCAAACGCAUGGUUUUCCGUGUCAACCGUGUCAACUGGGUUCGAUGCACCUUAGAGCUGAGGUAUGAGCACUGGAACUAUAUACGGGGAGUCGAUCUUUUCUUGGACUACCUCUCCCGUUGGUGAACGCAAAGAUGAUCCAUCCGCCGAUGCAUCUCCCAUGCGAAGCACCAGCUGUGCCAACGACCUGGGUGAAACUCAUGGAACAAAUUGGCGCGACUUGGGGGGACUACCCAGACGCGACCGGGGAUCCGAAUCCUGUGGAGGGGUCUGGGGUCUCAUCUGGAGGGGUCUGGGGUCGAACCAAUCCCUAUCGUUUUGAGGGCUGUGAACGGAGCGUCUGGGUCGUGGCUUCGUGUUCCAAGUACUGGCCAAGGUACGCCUUCUUCAGCUUCGCAAUCGCGGCAGCCGUCUUGGCAGCUGCGGCUUGUGGAGAGUUUAACUACAGGACCUACAACGUCGCGGCAUAUGACCUGAAGAACAUGAACGCCUAUCCAGAUGUGAAUCCUGCCACGAAGGGACAACAGCUGAUGGAUGCCGGCCGUUUGUAUUUUGUGGACGGCUCUGCCUUGGAUCUCAAGAAAGCCAUGAGCUUUAAGAACGACGACACCUACUGCGUGGCACCCAUCAUCCUGGGCAAGGACCAGAUGGCAUCUUACGACUUCUGGGCUGUAGGCGUGAACUGCUGCCCGGGCCAGUCGCCGGACUUCCGCUGCGGCGAGUACAACAACGCCCACGCCCGGGCAGGACUUCGCUUGAUGAGCGACGUCGAGCGACCCUUCUACCGCUUGGCCGUGCAGCAGGCGGAGGCGGCUUACAACAUCAGGACGGAGCAUCCCAUGUUCUUCCACUGGGUGCAGGAUCCAGUGGCACUCACCAACGAGUGGAUCAGUGAUGGACACAGGUUUGUCUUCAAGAGCAUGGGAGUGUUCUUCGUCUUCAACUUCUUCUGUGUCUCCUGUGCCAUCAUCGUUUUCUCCAAGUUCAGUGGCUGAUCCGCCGCCCGCGGAGCAGCGGCGCCCGGUCGUGCGCGCGCGGGUGGCGCCGUGAGUUCGGGUUCGGUCCAACAGCGAGAAACGGAGCGAAGGACUGGUCCCGCGCGGCCGGCUGGGGAAGCCGAUGGGUCCGCGAUGCCAGGAAGUGCCUGAUGUCGUAUCAGUGAG